AUGAAGUUCACUACCAUCUCCGCUCUCUUCGCCGCCGGCGCAGCGGCCCAGUCUCUGACAGAGGUCCUCAGCAAGCACGAGUCCGUCUCUGCACUGAACCACCUGCUGUCCACCCAGCCCGCGCUGGUUUCCACCCUGGGAGGCGCCAAGAACAUUACCAUCCUUGCGCCCAGCAACGAGGCCAUCUCGGCGCUCACCUCGGACCCGACCAAUGCCGCUGCCAUCGCCAAAGACCCUGGCCUGGUCCCGGCCAUUCUCAGCUACCACGUAAUCGACGGCACCUACCGCGGGGAUGCCUUCACCAAGGAGGCAAAGUUCCUGCCCACCCUGCUCACCAACGCCACCUAUGCCCAGGUCACGGGCGGACAGAGGGUUGAGGGCAAGGCUGUUGGUCAGACUGUUGAGUUCAAGAGCGGUUUGCAAAAGACGAGCAAGGUCACUCAGGCGAACAUUGCUUUCGACGGCGGCGUGAUCCACCUGAUCGACUCCGUCUUGACUGUCCCGCCCGCGCCCGCCUCGGCUCUGACCAAGCUCGACCUCAAGUCGCUUGCCGAGUCCCUGACCAAGGCCAACCUGGUCAAGACGGUUGAAGAGCUCAAGGAUGUUACCAUUUUCGCCCCGGCUGACUCGGCCUUUGCCAAGAUCGCUUCCACCGCGUCCACACUGUCGGUCGAGCAGCUCUCCAGCGUCCUGACCUACCACGUAGUGAACGGAACUGUGGCCUACAGCAGCGGUCUCAAGAACGGCCAGAAGGUCAAGACGGUCAAUGGUCAGGAGGUGACGGUCAGCGUGAAGAACGGCGGGGUCAUGGUGGGCAACGCAAAGGUCGUCACUCCAGAUGUGCUCAUCUCUAACGGUGUCGUCCACGUGAUCGACAACGUCCUGAUGCCUGGCAGUGCUCCUACCGCCCCUGGAGGGUUCAGCCCCAGCGGCGCAGUGGCGAGGCCGCCUAGCGCCCCUGCCUCCGAGGGUCACUUCCUCACGCGUCCGGGCUCCGCCAGCUUUGUCGUCCUUAUGGUUGGCGUCGCUAUUAUUACGGGUCUGUAA